UUAAGGACAAAUGACUGUUAUUUCUGUUACGAGCUGAUUUCAAGAAGCGCAAAUGUUAUUCAAUAUAGAAGAAGCCAGUGCCAACCCGUUCUUGCAGGACAUAAUGCUACUGAAAUCUGUGAUCUUAUCACUGGUGUCGAGCUCGAAACCGGUUUUAUCAAUUCCCGAGAGCAAUAUUCUGAAUUUAAUUGCAAGAGUAUCAUUGAAGGAAUAUAUUCUUUUGAAUACCGAAUUGUUGGUAGUACUGGUGUCUGUCGAAGUCCCAACAGCAUUUUAAAAGCUUGCCAACGACAAGGCUCUCCUCUACGCGAUAACUCUGUAUACGAACAGACUUUUGGAUUUUGUCCAAACUUCUUUGAAACCUCCGUUCUACAGGAGCCAAAUGUCGUCUAUGGAAAGGCAAAUAUCUGGCGUUGUUAUGCAAGAUGGGUUGCUGAUGAUGGUACAGUGUGGGCUGCUGUGGAAUACGAUACAAAUAUGCCUAAAUUCAAGUAUCGAUGUCUCACAACUCGUAUUGAUCAACAGAAUCGUCAGGAUAUUAUUCAAUGGGGUAUGACCGUUGAUGCAGAUUGCAAGAACCUUAAAAACUACUUUACCGCUCCCAUUCGGCUGAUUCUGGAACCGGCCUUUGAUCCUGCAACUCAGCUUGUCGAAAUGCAGCCAACAUGUAAGCUCCCCACCAACUACAGUGGAAAUUGGUUCUACCCCAGCGAGUAUCAAACCUCAGUUCAAAUAAACUCGACUCACAUCUAUAUGCGCCGAAAGAAGGAUGAUUACACUUAUGAAGAUAUAUAUUUCGUCUGUCGUCAGCAACAGCUUUCCCGUUAUCUCAUGGCUGUUGUCACUCGAGGUCAAUGUGAAAUAGAUUUUAUGUGUUUCGAAUUAGUCCCACGUCAUCAUAACAUCGCUCGAUUCAGAAUGGGUCGACCAUUUCCUCUCGAACCACUUGUAAAAGCAUCGUUGGGAGAAUCGGAGUAUAUGCUACGGGUGUACAAAGAAGCUUGUCAUUGGAGUAGUUUCACCCUUAAUUAUAUUGAAUGGACCUAUGAGUACUUUGUACUUGACCCACCAGUCCCAAUCAACUGCCCUAUUCAAGGCAAAUAUAAGUUUGUGCAGACGGGGCAAGAAGCGGAACAUUAUGUGUUCAAAAUGCCUAACGGAAUGACACCUCGACCAUGGCUACAAGUUUUGUGCUAUUCCUAUUGGCAAACCAAUCUGGAGGCUUGUUUAAAUGAUCCAAAGAUUCUUAAACUCGACGUUCAAAAGUGCUGGCGGUUGGACUUUGCUGGUAGACCUAUCUCAGAAUAUGACGUAACUGACAAUUACAUUGCAUGUGUUGGAUUUUGGAUGGAAGACACCAAAUCAUAUUUAAUCACAUACGAUCGUGAAGAUCCUGUUUCUAACAGAUUCCGUUGUUGGGUUUAUCAAAGACUCUCACUUCGUUCCUUCUCAAUGUCCCGAAGUUUAGGUAAUCGAUGCGGUAAAAUGCAAACUUCAGAGUCCUCACUCCCAGAAGAAGGUGCAUCUUUGCGCUUAGAAUUGACGGAGGAUGAAUAUGAAUUCGACGUCUGUCCUAUGAAUUACGACGAUGGACGUAACCCAUAUGUUAACCCUGCUGUUUUGAACGUUUAUGCUGGCGCAGAAUCCUCAUCUUUUUCAUUUAUUUUAUUUCUCAUUUCUCUCAUUUUACAAUUCUUAACUGUAUACCUUGGUGCUAACAUCGUCUUCUGUCUAAUAAUGGGUGAUGAAGAAAUUGCUGCUCUCGUCGUCGACAAUGGUUCUGGAAUGUGUAAAGCUGGUUUCGCUGGAGAUGAUGCUCCUCGUGCCGUUUUCCCCUCAAUAGUUGGCCGCCCCAGACACCAGGGUGUAAUGGUUGGUAUGGGCCAAAAGGACAGCUACGUCGGUGAUGAGGCUCAAUCGAAGAGAGGUAUCCUCACUCUUAAGUACCCUAUUGAGCAUGGUAUUGUAACCAACUGGGACGAUAUGGAAAAGAUCUGGCAUCAUACCUUCUACAACGAACUUCGUGUUGCACCCGAGGAACACCCAGUUCUGCUCACCGAAGCCCCACUCAACCCUAAGGCUAACCGUGAGAAGAUGACCCAGAUUAUGUUCGAGACGUUCAAUUGCCCAGCCAUGUACGUCGCUAUUCAAGCCGUGCUAUCUCUGUAUGCCUCUGGUCGUACCACUGGUAUCGUCUUGGACUCUGGAGAUGGUGUUACUCACACUGUCCCCAUUUAUGAAGGAUAUGCCUUGCCCCACGCUAUUCUGCGUUUGGAUUUGGCAGGUCGUGAUCUGACUGACUACCUCAUGAAGAUUCUAACUGAGCGUGGUUACUCGUUCACCACUACUGCUGAGCGUGAAAUCGUUCGUGACAUCAAGGAGAAGCUCUGUUAUGUUGCUCUUGAUUUUGAGCAGGAGAUGGCUACUGCCGCUUCCAGCUCUUCCCUCGAGAAAUCCUACGAGCUUCCUGACGGUCAAGUCAUCACCAUUGGCAAUGAACGUUUCCGUUGCCCUGAGGCCGUCUAUCAACCAAGCUUCUUGGGCAUGGAAGCUGUCGGUAUUCACGAGACUACCUUCAACUCGAUCAUGAAGUGCGAUGUGGACAUCAGGAAGGAUCUCUACGCCAACACCGUCCUCUCUGGUGGUUCGACUAUGUACCCUGGCAUUGCUGAUCGUAUGCAGAAGGAAAUCACUGCCUUGGCCCCCAGCACCAUGAAGAUCAAGAUUGUUGCCCCACCAGAACGUAAAUACUCUGUCUGGAUCGGUGGCUCUAUUCUCGCUUCUCUUUCUACAUUCCAACAGAUGUGGAUUUCUAAGCAGGAAUACGACGAGUCCGGCCCAAGCAUUGUCCACAGAAAAUGCUUCUAA